GUGAAAGCACGCCUUCUCUAAAAAUAAUUUUCCGUUGCACCGCAGUCAUUUUCACAUUAAUAAUUUACAGGAAUACAAGCUUGUUAUGCUGCAAGCACAAAGAGGAAACACAUGAGGAGAAACCCAGUGGGAAUUGGCUAUACCAGCUACCGGUGGGUCGUCUCCCACCCUGCAGAAUGUCGGUACAGCUUUAAAAGGUUUCACGUCAUGCACAUUAUCCGGUUGAUUUACAUACAUUACGCCUCCCAUUAUGGGCGAGACGUGAUAAUCCAUCGACUCUGAGCUCACCAAAAAAAAAAAAAAAAAAAAAAAAAAAAAAAGUUUGGGUGAGUGAGUUUUAAAGUGAGACGGGUGCCCCGAACUGCACUGGAUUAAUAAUACCGGGGUUUUUUUUCGGCUCUUUUCUCUGGUUGUGGAUUUAAAAGCAUGGACGCUUUGAAGUCCGCGGGCAGGGCUAUCAUACGGAGUCCGAGCCUCGCGAAACAGUCAUGGGGCGGGGGAAAACACAAAAAGCUGCCAGAGAACUGGUCGGACACCCGCGAGACCCUGCUGGAGGGCAUGGUGUUCAAUCUCAAGUACCUGGGCAUGACGCUGGUGGAGCAGCCCAAAGGAGAGGAGCUGUCUGCUGCUGCCGUCAAGAGGAUUGUAGCCACUGCAAAAGCUAGUGGAAAGAAACUCCAGAAGGUCACGUUAAAAGUAUCUCCGAGAGGAAUUAUUCUAUAUGACAGUGCCUCCAAUCAGCUAAUGGAAAACAUAUCGAUAUACAGGAUAUCCUACUGUACGGCUGACAAGAUGCAUGAUAAAGUGUUUGCGUACAUUGCACAGAGCCAGCAGAAUGAAACCCUCGAGUGUCAUGCCUUCCUCUGUACAAAAAGGAAAGUGGCACAGGCAGUUACAUUAACCGUCGCGCAGUCCUUCAGAGUGGCAUUUGAGUUCUGGCAAGCUGCUAAAGAAGAAAAAGAAAAGCGAGUCAAGUCUGGGUCAGACGGUGAAGUCACCAGCAGUUCCCAAUCGGAAAGCUCUACUAGUCUUGCAAGUCUCAAAGGAGGAGAGGUAGCGACCGGAAACCUGUUGGAUUUGGAAGAGGGAGCGAUAGCUGCGUUUGCCACAGUAGGUGCCAGCCACAUCGACGACCCCUUCAUUGUGCACAACAACAGCUCCAGCGUCAAUAACAACAUUGUGUGGGAAAUCGAUGAUGGUUUGGAUGAAGCUUUUUCAAGACUCGCUGAGUCUCGUAAUAACCCCCAGGUCCUGGACAUUGGGGUGACCACUCAGGACUUUCAGACAGACGAGUGCCUCUCUCCCAUGGACUGGGACAAAACUGACGUCAAUGCUGCAGACAGAGACGACAUCUUCAGCUUUUGAGGACUGUGGAGCCACCCAGUGGACACAACCAGUAUUGCAAUGGUGGAAUAUCCCCACACAGCUGUUUUCCUUGGAGACCCCAAUGCUGCCACCCUGUGUUUAUCUGGGAGAACUAAAACCAAACAAAAUAGAACAAAAAUAAGUCUAUUUUGUAACAAGCUCGUAUUGAUAUAAGGGUGCACACUCGGAGGCUGUCAAUCCAUUAUGUUGUCUGCUUCCAGACUUUGCAUACCAAAGCAAUAAUAAACUAACUACCAUUUUUAUCGGUUUGGAGGAGUUGUCUUGUAUAUGCAUUUUUGGUUGUCAUUAAUUUCACGUUUGUAAAUGUGUAUCUCUACCAAAAUCACAGUUUAUGUUUGACUAUUUUACGUCACCCUUUUUGGUUAUUUUAUCGAUUCAGAAAGUGUCUACGCUUUUUUUUAAAUUUUUU